GUCUAUUUCAUAUAUUACCUCAAAAUGAAAUGUAUCAAAAAUUCUUACACUAGUGCAAGCGUCAACAAUUGCCCUGGGAAUCAAAAGGGUUAAAAGCUUAAUGAAAGUGUUUCUUUUUGAAAGCAGAUUGAAAGGAGGGUCUUCCCCCUAAAAAACCCACGCCCGCUUGUCAUUAGUCGUUUCUUCUGAAAUGCUGUUACCAAUCAUCGUAUUUUUCAUUUUUUAUCUCAGAUAGUAUAAGUUGCCCCGAGUUUUUCCAAUGCAGGGAAACCAGAGAGUGUAUUUUUUGGGAUCAAGUUUGUGAUGGAACUAAGCACUGCUUAAUCGGCGAUGACGAAACGAAUUGUGACCUCUGUGGAGAGAGUGAAAUCCAUCUGGAGGAGGAUCUUCCCUACAAUCUGACCUCUCCGAACUACCCCGACCGGUAUCCCAACUACCUGAGCUGCCACUGGGAGUUUAGCGCUGCAAAUGGAUUCAUUGUCAUCAGCAUCUUGGAUUUCAAAACUGUGACAUCGUCUGACUUCGUCACGGUAGUGGGGCCGGGCUUGGAGCUCGGGGAUAUUGCCGAAAGGCCACCAAACAGUUUGCGCUUGUUCGGAACAACAAGUGUUACGAGAGUAACUUCAAUGCGUCCAAACAUUCGUGUUAUGUUUCAAACUGAUGGGUCAUUCAGGAGAAGGGGUUUCCGAAUGAAGGUCGAGGUAUUUGAAAUUUGGCCGAAUGAGUGUUCAGGUGAACCUGAUUUUCAAUGUGAGAAUUCAACGCUGUGUAUUUCAUCCCAAGCUGUUUGUAAUGGCUUUACGGACUGUCCCUACGGAUUCGAUGAACAGCAGUGCUACAAUAUUAGCUGUCCUGGGUUUUUCCAGUGCCGAGGAAGCAAACAAUGUAUUCUGUGGAUGGAAGUCUGUGAUGGCACCAAGCACUGCUUGCUCGGCGAAGACGAAAGGAAUUGUGAUGUGAACCGUUGUCCAAGUGAGUGUACGUGCUACUAUAAUAAUGACGCCCUCUAUGUUAGAUGUCAAUCGGGAUGGACAGCGGAUACAAUUGAUAACAUGGCAGCUAUUACGAAUGUGCUAGAACUUACUGGUGGCUCUGUCAAAAAAUUGGACCAAGGCCUUUUGAAACGAUUCCUGAAGCUUCAAUCCCUGUUCCUCACCAACAAUGGCAUACGAGACAUCCAAACGCUGUCAUUCGAUGGGUUGAGCGAACUCCUUUGGCUGAAUAUCUCGCAGGAUAAUUUAACCACUUUAACAAAUGACGCCUUCAAAGGACUCGACAUGCUUCAAGGAAUUGUCAUAAAAGACGUUCCCUUGACAAGUAUCGAGGAAUUUGCAUUCAGAGGACUGCAGGAACUCCAAAUUUUGGUGUUGAUUCGCGGACAGGACGCAAAAGCAAGGGAUGAGUCCAUUAAUAUCCAUCCGUCAGCUGUCCUGGAGCUCACCAAUCUUCAAACAUUGUAUCUUGAUGACUACCGUUUGUGUUGCGAAUUCAAGAAGUUGCAGUCAUUUGACCCAGCUAACUGCUUUACCACCGAACAGCAAUCGCCUCUCUUCAACUGUGGAAGUCUCAUGCAGAACACAUUCCUUCGUGUCUCCAUGUGGUUUCUUGGCCUGAGCGCCCUGGUUGCACGUUGUUCGGCUAGUGGUAGUCGAGAUUCCUCAAACGCUGCUCAGCAGGGUGCACCAAAGUUAGGCACAGGUAGUGAUAUUGCAGUUUGCCGUAAGGCCAAUCCCUGCCCUGAGGAUGACACUCGUUUGUGA